AUGCAAUACUUCCGAGAGCAGCAGGGAUUUCGAUUUGAGAGCUCUGCAGAAUUCUCCAGACCAACUGUGCAACCCAAAUCAACAGAAACUUCUCCCUCUCUAUUCAGUACAGACAACGCGCCAACGUCAUCGUCAGGGGGCCCUCACGGGGCUCGACAGGAGCUUGUGUGCUACAGCGGCCGCCGGCUGCCUAGGACGCCACUUCAAGCAGAAGGGACCUCCACAAUGGUCACGGAGCAGCGGAAGCGCAAGACAUGGACGAUGGGGGCGUCAAGAGAAGGGGAAGCAGGAGAGCCUGGAGACCAGCAGCGUCAGCCACAGCUGCAGCAGCCAACAACAGUUCCCGAUACCGUCUCAGUGGCUGGUGAACCUAUAACUCCUCAAAAGACCCAAGGAAGCUUCGGGAGAAAUCCACGAAAUGAGAAGGGGCAGAAAACAAGGACUGUCUUUUCAAAGGCUGCAGCACUGGGUAUCUCCGACGAUGAAGACGCCCAAACUUGGUCGGGGUCUGGAGGACCGGUGUUAAAUACGGCGGCGGACCAGGAGCGGAUAAGAAAGGAGAAGGAAAGGAGGAAGGCAAAAAGAGAGCAGCAAGAUCGCAAUAGGAGUAACAGAGACGGGCACAACAAGCAGAAGAAGGCGACAAAGGGGGGUUCUUCUUUCUCAGGACUGUUGGAUUUUUUUUCAGGCGGAGAUUUUCGUUCCUGGCUGAUGUACUUCUUAGUCGUGGUUGGCAUUGUCGGCAUCUUUGUGCUCAAGGCGCUUGAGGAAUACUACGGGAUGGACGGCGACGUCAGUGGGGAGCAGCGGCUGCAACACUUGAGUGUGUUGGGGUUGGACGAUGGGGCGUCGGAAAGCGACAUAAGAAGGUCGUACAGGACAUUAUCGGUCCGCUGGCAUCCUGACCGUUACCCGAACUGCGGCGCGAGCUGCCAGCAGCGCUUUCACGAGAUUGCUGCGGCAUAUGAAUAUCUAAUGAGAAAGCAGAAGAAGUCGAAGGCAGACGACGAAGACGGAGAGGGAGGUGAAGGAUCACAAAGCGACGACUUCGCCAACUUAAAGGUCACGUCUCAGGGCAUUGUGGACUUUUCGAGGCUGGGCCCGAACGACGUCUUUCCCCCUACAAGUGACACAAAGAAUGUAUGGUCCAUAAUG